GACUUUUCCCAUCUGACAGCAAACGUGGGUUGUCGCCAUAUUCCAGUGAAGGGGGCGACCCGUCAAAUAAGUGGUUUUGAAAGUAAAUUUCGUGAUUUAGAAUUGUGACAACGCAAAGUUGAAGUAAAUAUGACCUCUAAAGCAGAAAAAGACCGUCAAAAACAAAUCCAAGAUAGGUGUCAAGCUCUAUUGGCACAGAUGUUGAGAGAUGAAGACAAUAAGUAUUGUGUUGACUGUGAUGCUAAAGGACCGAGAUGGGCGUCAUGGAAUUUAGGUAUAUUUCUGUGUAUAAGAUGCGCCGGUAUACACAGAAACCUAGGUGUCCACAUUUCCAAAGUGAAAUCUGUUAAUUUAGACACUUGGACGCCGGAGCAAGUUGUUAGCCUACAACAAAUGGGCAACAGCCGUGCGAGAGCUGUUUAUGAGGCCAAUCUACCUGAUAACUUCAGGCGACCACAGACAGAUUCUUCACUGGAAGCUUUUGUUCGUGCAAAAUAUGAGCAGAAGAAAUAUAUUGCACGAGAAUGGGUUCCACCACCAAUACCAAAGGUCAAUUGGGACAAGGAACUGGAAGAGGAAGCAGAACGGCAGAGGAAGCGUAAGAAGGAAGCAAAGCAGCAGCAGACCCGAAAAUCAACAGGAUCAUUAACAGAAGUAACAGUGCCUCAGUUACUCCCAAAACCUAAAGGAUCAACUAGCCCCAAACCUGGCCGGCCAAAUCCUGAGGCUGCCAAGCAGCAGAAGCAAACCACACAGGAUCUCCUUGGUCUUGAUACACCAGUUGGUGGUGCUCCUCCUGGUAGUACAGCAGAAGAUGCUUUCACGGGCUUCCUGAGUGCACCAGCUCCACCAACAACAACAGUGGCGAGCAGCUCAUCAGUUGAUAACUCUGAUGCAUCAAAACCUGCAGGGUCACGGCAAGAGGGUGGUCGCUCAGCUGAAGAAGAGAGCUUCUUUAAUCAGCCUGCUGCAGGAACACAGGAGAAACGACAACUCACGAAGGACUCUAUUUUAGCACUCUAUGGAACAGUUCCUUCUCAACAGUUUUCUAUUCCUGGUGGUGCAUUUACUCAGCCCACUACAGCAUUCCCGCAAGUUGCAGCAGCUGUGCCUUAUGCGGUUCCUGCUGCAGCUGCUGUCCCAAAUGGUAUGAUGCCAGGAGCAGCCAUACCAGCAGCACCAGUGCAGAAUGGAGUAUUUGGUGGCAUACCAAAUGUGGCACCUCAGGCUACUACAGCAAGUUUAGCAGCAUCCAAUCCUUUCUUCAAUAUGGCAACACCAAAUGUGGCCCCUGCUGCUACCCUUGGCUAUCCAGUUGCACAGGAGAAUGUGCCUCCAUCUUCUGGUGUUGAUUUGAUGUUAGAUUUUGCAAGCCCUAAUGCAGCAGUCUCUUCUGUUCCAGUACAGCUUCCACAACAGAUGGCUCGUCUUAACUUGGGUGCUCCAGUGGUUACUGCCCAGGUUCCAGGUAUGAUGGGCAUGCCCAUGCAACCAGUUUCAGCCAUGAGUAUACCUACAAUGGGUGUACCUGCAAUAGGUAUGACAGCAACUACUACACCAGCAAUGGGCAUCAGUACUUUCGGCCAGCCAGCGAAUCCUGGACAUACAUUGGCAACUAAUUUAUGGCAAUAGAAUUAUAUGAAUUUGAUUGUGUAAAAUAUAGUACUUGAUAGGGAGGUAGAUUUGUUGCUGUGAAACUACACAAAAUCACGGAGUAUUGUAAAGCGCGAGAUUUUAUAAUCUUUAAUUUCUGUUGCUUUCUGCAAUAUUUACUACAAACAGCUUCUCAGCUUCAGUUGAACUCUACUUUUGUGUUGUUCUGCAUGUAAUGAGUUUUAAUAAUCAUUGUUUGAUAGCCUGUCCACAACACACAGGAACAAGCAAAGUUGGGACCAUUAAGCAAUCAGUGCAUAAGCAUGGAGACAGAAGCAGUGUUUGGAUUAUAUUGUGUAUAAAAAGUUGAUAUUGUUGCCUUGUAAGUGUGCAAGCAGCAGUCAGUUGCGUCUGUGUGUUGUGGUGAAAUUCAUCGAAUGUGUUGCCAACAUACUUAAUUUGAAGUUUUAUGAGUAGUGCAUACAUUAGCUAAUAUCGCAUAUUGAAAACAGAAAUUCUACCAGUUCUCAGUUACAGUGCAGUGGAAGAAUUUGAGCAGAUACCAAAAAUUGGAAUAUUUAUGCCUUUGAUAUUAUUGCCAUGCCUAAGUGUACAUAGAAAGGUACAUGAACUGCACAUAGCAGACUGUAGGAUUUCUCUUAGUGGUGCUACAGAGUUCAUUGCCUGUAUGUCAGUGUGCAACAGGCAUAUAGAAUUACAGUGUAUAUUCCACAUUGGUAGUAAUUGUUUGUGAAAAGGCUUAAAAAGGCAAUCUCAAAUUUUUGUUGUUAACAUUCUUUUUAAAAUACAUAUAUAUAUAUUGUUCGUUCACUGUACCUUGGGGUGUGUGUGUGUGUGUGUGUGUGUGUGUGUGUGUGUGUGUGUGUGUGUGUGUGUGUGGUUUGUUUUUUGUUUCAGAGAGGGAGAGAUAAAGAGAAAAAUGCAGUGAGUGCUUUUAUAUACAAAACGCAGUAUCGUUUAUAGGUGCCUCAUUCAUCAGUGUAUAAAACAGUGGGGUCAUUAUUUGUAAAAAAGGUUACUUGUUUUUGAUACCUGCAUCUUGAUAUGUGUAAAGUAUCAUUUUCAUAUUGUAUAUUGAGUAAAUAUGAUAUUAAAGAAUAUUGAAUGGAAGUGUGCAUAUCCAAUGGAAUUUGUAGUAAAAAUGUGUUGAGAGCUGUAGCUUUUAGCAAACUGUGUGUAGAUGUUAUUUUUAAUAGGAUUUUGUUAAUAUAUCUUAUUGUGAGUUGUGUGUUUUCAGUCAGUUCACAAAAAAAUAUUGUGGUAUUAAUGACUUCCUUCACAUUAAAUAUGGAAGUGACUGAGGUCCUAUAUGUGACUAGUCAAAAUGCUACAACAAAAUUACGCAUAGCAAUAUUCUUGAAAGACUACCUCAGAUCCAUUACAUUAGGGAUAAAAGUCUGAUUGGUACAAAUUUAAAGUUUUUAUUUAACAUCGAAAAUUCAUUAUUUAUUGGUACUUUGCUGCUGGCUGUAGAAGUGCCUGGUGAAAUAUAUAAACCCUUGCUCAGAGAUGAAAAGAUACUGUACAACUGUGAACUGAACUGCGAGAAAUUGUAUAUAAAUAUGUUUUGUAUUUUGUCAUUGUUGUGGGUACAAGUGGAAAUAAUCAAAUUUCUUUACAUUCCA